CUCAUUAAUCCCCUUCUUUAUUAACAUCCACCAUAUAUUUAUUCUUCACUCUUUAAAUCCUUUGAAGUAGAAAAUUGGUUCAUCAAAUGGGUCAUACUUCUAUCCUGGCUCCUUCCGUCCAAGAGUUGGCAAAGCAAGGAAUAACAAAAGUUCCAAAACAAUAUCUUCAACCAAAUCAAGACCCUAUUGUUGUAUCUAACACAACCUCUUUACCACAAAUCCCAAUUAUCAACUUUGAUAAGUUAUUAUGUGAAGAUGCAACUGAGCUUGAGAAGCUAGACCAUGCUUGUAAGGAAUGGGGUUUCUUCCAGCUAAUCAACCAUGGAGUCAAUCCUUCACUAGUAGAAAAUGUGAAAAUUCGUGUUGAACAAUUCUUCAACCUCCCAGUGGAAGAGAAAAAGAAGUUUUGGCAAACACCAAAAGAAUUGCAGGGGUUUGGACAAGCUUAUAUAAGAUCAGAGGAAGAAAAGUUAAUAUGGGGAGAUAUGUUUUACAUAAAAACUUUGCCAAUGUAUAGCAGAAAUCCUCAUCUAAUUCCUUCUAUCCCACAACCAUUCAGAGAUAAUCUAGAGAACUAUUCUUUAGAACUGAACAAAUUGUGUGUCACAAUCAUUGAAUUUCUAUCAAAAGCAUUGAAGAUCAAACCAAAUGAAUUGCUGGAUUUAUUUGAAGAGGGAAGCCAAUCAAUGAGGAUGAAUUAUUACCCUCCAUGUCCUCAACCAGAGCAAGUCAUUGGACUUGAUCCUCAUUCUGAUGCUACUGUCCUUACAAUACUUCUCGAAGUCAAUGACAUUCAAGGACUUCAAAUAAAAAAAGAUGGAAUGUGGAUUCCUAUCAAUCCUAUCUCUGAUGCUUUUGUCGUCAACGUUGGAGAUACGUUGGAGAUAUUGACCAAUGGAAUUUACAGAAGUAUUGAACAUCGAGCAACAGUGAAUUCAGUGAAGGAGAGGAUAUCUAUGGCUACAUUUCAAAAUCCUUAUAUGGGAGGAUAUAUAGGCCCAACACCCAGCCUUGUGACUCCUGAAAGUCCUGCAUUGUUCAAAACAAUUGCUGCUGCAGAUUACUUGAAAGCACACCUUUCAAGCAAGAUACAAGGGAAAUCAUUCUUGGAUAAUUUUAGGAUCCAUAAGGAGAUUCAUGAUUAAUUUUAGUUCAUAGGUUUGAACUAUACCUUAAUGCCCUAUAUAUGAAAUAGCAUCACCAUGUAGGCUUUGGUCAUGUCCUGUCAGACAAUUGUGUUUUAAUUUGUUUUCAUCACUUUAAAAAUUUAUAAUAAUUGUAUGUUGUCCAUGAAAAAUAAGUAAAUUUUGCAAACUGUUUUCUUAAA